AUGUCGCAUGAUGAUGAUGAUUAUGAUUAUACGUCAUCGCUAGCUAAAGACUGGUGUUCAGAUUUAAACACUGAAACAUAUGAAUCCUUAGUUCAAGAACUGAUUUCGCACCUCAGUGGAAAAUAUAAAGAUGAAGUAUUAAAAUCAUUUGAAAAGCAAUUAAAUGAGCUUAGACAGGGCUCUAGUUAUGACUCGUUGGAUGAAGCUGAUGAGUUCAGCAUUGCUGAAGAAAUAAAAUCAAAAAUUGUGACUAUUCAUGGAGAGACGGAAGCAAAGAAUUUUUCCAGUAUUUACCGGCGUCUUCGAGGAUGUACUCUUCUAACCAGUGUGAGAAAUGCCUUGGCGUUUAUUCUCAGAAGUGCUGUGCUGAACUCAGCAGAGGAUGCUAAUCCAUCAUUUGGUAUAGAAAAUUUGUCACUAAGAAAUAUUGCUAGUUGCACUCCAUCACAGGCUUCACUAACACCAAUUACAAGAAGAGGAGCCACUCCAUCCAUUUUAUCUACUUUUGAAGGCACCCCAUCUCUACCAUCUACUUCUACUUCUGCUUCUAGCAGUUUAUUAGGGGCUUACCAUGCAUCCAGAGCUAGAGCUGUUUCAUACGUCCGUGACUUGUCCGAUGGAACCAUUUCUCACCUUAGUGGAAGUUCAGCAGGGAUGCCUGUGCCAUCACAGUUUAGAAACCCCUAUAAGAUGAGAGUACCAGAAACUGUCUUGCUCCAGGAACUUAUCUAUUGUUUCCAAGGAAUAGGAGGAAGAGUUUUAAUAGAAGAUCCUGUCUCUCGAGGCUUCAAGAUAGAUUCGAAGGUGGAACUUGUUCCAGCAGUUAAGCAGCGAGUUCUCCAUUUAGCAGAGGUUGGGUGGCUGUACAAUAAAUUGAGACAAUUUUGUGAUACCACAAGACCAGCUGGACGUAUUGGCGAGAGUCUUGUAGUUGGCGUCCGCGAUGAACUGACAGAGUACUACAGAUUGAUUGCUGUACUACGCUCCAAGGUACAGAAGCACUUGGAUGCUGCUGUUGAUUCAUCACCGACGGAACAGCAGCUGCAACCAUUUACGCUGAAUCAGAUGGCAAUAUGCAUGCGGAGUACGAUGUGGAGACUGCAGCUGUUGCUGUCACUAGUAGAAGCAUGUCGUGGCCGUUGUGGUGGUGCUCUUGCAUCUUCUGUUCAUGGCUUUCUACAGCAUGGUGAUCCAAAUAUCCGUCAUUGUGUCCGCAUGCUCCUAGCUUCAGUAUGUCGUCCUUUGUUCAUAAUGCUAAGUAAGUGGAUUUUGGAUGGAGAAUUGGAGGAUCCUCACAAGGAAUUCUUCAUAGCUGCAAAUCCAGGUGUUAAAGGCAACCGCUUGUGGCAUGACAAGUAUUAUGUCCAGGAAUCUCUUGUUCCUAGUUUCAUAUCUCGGGAACAAGCUUGUAAAAUUCUUGCCACAGGCAAGAGCAUCAACUUUCUUCGUGAAGUAUGCCAAGAUCAUGGCCCUAUAAAAGGUCGUGCAGCCCUCCGACGCACUUUGGAAAGCACAAGAGUGGAAGCGCUUUUUGUCGAGGACCAGGAUGGAGAGCUGCAGGUUAUGCUAGAGCAAGCGUAUCGUGAAACAUCUAAACGUGUUCUCGAUGUUCUCAACAAUGAGUACAAAUUCAUGGACCAUCUGCAAGCUCUGAGGAGGUAUCUCCUCCUAGGCCAAGGAGACUUCAUUGGGCACCUUAUGGAGCUACUUCAGCGAGAGUUGGCAAAGCCAGCCUCUCAAUUGUCUCCUCACAAUUUAUCUGCAAUUCUUGAAUCUGCAGUCCGUUCUACAAGUGCCCAGUAUGAAGAUGAAGAUAUUCUUAGUAGACUGGAAGUGAGAUUACUAGAAAUAUCAGGAGGAGAUACCGGAUGGGACGUGUUCACAUUGGACUACAAUGUUGUAGGUCCCAUAGGAACAGUUCUUGCUAUGAAUAUGUCAACGUACUUGAUGCUGUUCAAUGCUCUUUGGCGAGCUAAGAGAAUGGAAUUUGUAUUAAGCCUGGCAUUCAAACGGCAGUUGACAGCUGCUAAGCAGAUGAAAUGUCUACCUGGAAUGAAGCCUUUAUUGCAGAGAUUACAUCUCUUAAUUUCUGAAAUGGUGCACUUCGUACAUCAAGUGCAGUACUACACCCUAUUUGAGGUAUUGGAAUGCUCCUGGGAGGUAUUUAACAAGGAAGUGCAGCAAGCAGAAGGCUUGGAUGAUGUCAUUAAAGCACAUAAUGCAUUCCUAGCAAAAGUUCGAGCAGGAGCUUUACUAGAUGAAGGAACACAGAGUUUGGCAGCCCACUUGCGGUCUGUGUAUGGUUUGAUGCUACAGCUGCAAAGCCUAGAACAAGAAUUGCAUGACAGAGCAUCAGAGGAGCUGGAAGCUCGUAAGGAAUAUGAGAAGCUAGUUGAAAAUUCUGGCAUGGACAGUGCAAUGGAGGAAAGGGAAUCUGCAAGGGUGAAUGACUUUGUAAAUAAUUUCCUGCCUCGCAUGCGCACUCAAUUGAACAUUUUGGCAAAAAGCUAUCAGGAUAUGGUGAAGAAGUUCUUGCUCAUGUUGACAACUCAACCAAAUGAAAUGUUGCAGCUGUUGAGCUUCCGUCUCGACUUCAACGAGCACUACCAGAGACUAGAUUCAAGGAUAAAUGUACCUCUCACAUUCCAACAUCGUCGUCUCAGUUUGGGAGGAAAGCAUCUGUCUCAAACAUGA